GAUAACUUUUAUAGUAUAUGUAGUAACACAUUACAAACACUGUUAAUAAUACAACAUUUUAAGGUGUAUGGGGUUAAAAAUGCUGAAAACAGUCUUAUUGUUAUUGAUAGGAUAUUGUUGUCCGGUUAGUUCAUUUCUAGCGACAGACUCGCAGAACCCUGAUGAUAUACAAUACCUACACUUACUGUUGUCAGACGAGAAAGCUGAAAGAAUGAGACUUCAAACCCAGGUAGACAAAAUGGCGUCCGCCCUACAGACUGUACAGGAACAGAUGGAGACAAAUCAUCAAUGCGAUUGUUCAAAUAAAACACCAAUCAUAGCAUUCAGAACUGAACUUAGUAAAGACCUCGGAACUGUAUCUAGUAACCAUGUUGUUAUAUUUGAUGAAGUGGAUCUUAAUCUAGGUAAUGCCUACGAUCCACGUCAUGGUAUAUUCACAGCACCAGUUAACGGAACGUACCUUUUUUCAAUGGCACUAGGUAAUCCGACAGGGCACAGUGGUGCAUUUUUCAUGAAACAGAACAGUCAAACGAUCGAAUACGCCAUUGCUGGACACACAACUGGGUGGAAUAUGGGUGGUGUCACGACUGUUGCUGAUCUAACAGUCGGCGAUGACGUCUGGAUUGAAGGGGAGGGCUAUAUUUCAGGCGCAUACGCCCAUAUUAGAUACCAUACGGGAUUUUCUGGAACUUUAAUUCAUGAGUAUUAAAGUUUGAGAUUUCAAAUAUAAAAUUGCAAAAUUCAUGUACAUUACCACUAAAGUAAACUCGCAAUAUGCUUGAAAGAAAAGCGUAUUUGCUGUAUCUUUUGGACUAAAUAUAUAUGUCGCAGGAAUCAGAUUAAUAAAGACAAGAAUUUUGUACAAGCAA